AUGUCAGACCUCUUCGUGGACAUUGUUACGCCAAAUGGCCAUAAAUAUCAACAGCCGACCGGACUUUUUAUCAAUAAUGAGUUUGUGAAGGGAUCGAAGGGGAAACCAUCUCAUCAUUGGACCCAGCAGAAAGAAAUUGCUUCCGUACACGCAGCGAGUGCUGAGGAUGUUGACCGAGCCGUUCGAGCAGCUCGGGCUGCAUUCAAAGCACCUACCUGGAAGAAGCUGUCUGCGACCGAUCGUGGUAGACUGCUGGUGCGUCUUUCGGAGUUGAUCGAAGAAAGAAAAGAGCUAUUUGCUAGCAUCGACGCAUGGGACAAUGGGAAAACAUACGAGCUUGCUAUGGAAGAUGACCUCCCCGAUUCGAUUGGUACAUUUCGAUACUUCGGUGGUUGGGCCGACAAGAGCUUCGGCCAAACUAUCGAGACCUCUCCCGAAAAGUUCGCCUAUACCCUUCGUCAACCAUACGGCGUGAUCGGUCAAAUCAUUCCAUGGAAUUUCCCUCUGGCAAUGGCUGCUUGGAAGCUUGGACCGGCCUUGGCUUGCGGAAAUACCGUAGUUAUCAAGGCGGCCGAGCAGACACCUCUGAGCAUCUUGGUCUUAGCUACACUCAUCAAAGAAGCCGGGUUCCCUCCUGGUGUUGUCAACAUCAUCAACGGCUAUGGCCAGGAGGCGGGCACUGCUCUCACUCAACACCCAUUGGUAGACAAAUUGGCUUUCACAGGAUCAACCACCACGGGUGCUCAAAUUAUGAAGGCCGCUGCUCCGGCUUUGAAGGAGGUACUCCUCGAAACAGGUGGAAAGUCACCACUGAUUGUUUUCGACGACGCGGACUUGGACCAAGCCGUCAAGUGGUCGCACAUUGGAAUUAUGGCCAACCAGGGACAGAUCUGCACAGCAACCUCGAGAAUCUUCGUUCAGCGCACUAUUUAUGACAAGUUCCUCGCUCUUUUCAAAGAGCGCGUUCGGACUGCUUCUGUUGUCGGUAGUCAAUGGGAGCCGACGACUUUCCAAGGCCCCCAGGUGACUCGUGCCCAAUACGACCAAGUGUUGCACUACAUUGGCCUUGGAAAGUCAGAGGGAGCAACCAUCGAAACGGGUGGAGAAGCAUACCCUACACCCGAUGGUAAAGGCUUUUUUGUGCAGCCAACCACAUUUUCCAAUGUUAAGCCAUCGAUGAAGAUCUAUCGUGACGAAAUCUUCGGCCCGGUUGGCUGCUUGCUGCCGUUUGAUACGGAAGAAGAUGCGAUUGAAUAUGCCAAUGAUACUCUGUACGGCUUGGGGGCCGCUGUGUUCACCCAGAAUCUGCGGCGCGGACACCGGGUCGCUGCUGAAAUUGAAGCAGGAACCGUUUGGCUGAACAGCAGCCAGGACAGUGAUCACCGUGUUCCGUUUGGUGGAUAUAAGUCCAGCGGUGUGGGCCGGGAGUUGGGUCCCGCUGGUUUAGAGGCUUAUACCCAGAUCAAGGCUGUCCAUGUUAACAUGGGAAAUGAUCUUUGA